AUGCGUGGAGUGGCUGUUGGAAGUUUGACAGCAGGGGCUACACCUAUCUCGAGCCUUUUGGCACAAACAAAACUGGAAAAAAGAAGUUGUGAAGGAGCUGGCCUGUCCCUUCAUGCAGUCACGCUGGUUUGUGUCUUUCUGUUUAGCUUCCUUGUGUUUCUGAGGUACCAGAUUUAUUAUGGUUACCCUCUGCAGACAUACCUGGAAUAUCCCAUCAUCAUUGCACAAGAUGUCAUUCUCCUUUUGUUUAUUCUGCAUUUCAGUGGAAACAUGAAACAAGCUUUGUUCUAUGCAGUCACAUUUGGGGGGGGCUGGUACAUGCUAACGCUGCGGAAGUGGAUAAUAGACCUGGCCAUGAAUUUGUGCACAUUCAUCAGUGCAGCCAGUAAGCUGGCUCAGCUGCGGUGUCUUUGGCAGACAAAAGAUUCCGGACAAGUGAGCGCCUUGACCUGGAGUAUGUCCGCAUAUACCUGCGCAACAAGAAUAUUUACAACCGUAAUGACUACGAAUGAUCUCGCAGUUCUCAUCCGUUUCAUAACCAUGCUCAUUCUCAAUAUUUGGGUCACAGCCACAAUCCUGCACUACAGGAAAACUAAAAAGACUGAUUAG